CGUAGCCAGCUCGCACGGGGGGGCCGCGGGCAGCGCCGCGCCCGCCCGCCGCCGCGGGGUGAGGGCUCCCCGGCCGCCCCCGCCCGGCCAGGCGCCCCGCCGCCAGCCGGCUCCCUGGUACCGGGGGCUGCUGGGGUUGUGUCCAAGGCCUCCCCCUCCCCCGCGUACACACUCACACACACACACACACACACUCACACUCACACACACUCACACACACACACACCCCAUCUCCUCCUGCCGCCGCCGCCGCCGCCGCCGCCGCCGGAGAGAUCGGGGAUUGCCCGCGGCCCGGCCCUGCUCCCGGCUGCGCCCCGUGCCCGGGCGCAUCGCACCCCGCGGGGGCUCGCCCGGCUGCCCCCGGGGCGGCGUGUGCGGGGCGAGGGCUGUGGGAGGGCGGGGGGACACACGGCGGCUCCCGCGGCGGCUCCCGAUGGCUCGUCCGCGGCCCCGAGAAUACAAGGCUGGAGACCUGGUGUUCGCCAAAAUGAAGGGGUACCCGCACUGGCCGGCCCGGAUUGAUGAACUCCCUGAAGGAGCUGUGAAGCCUCCAGCAAAUAAAUACCCCAUCUUCUUUUUUGGGACUCAUGAAACUGCAUUCCUGGGGCCCAAAGACCUUUUCCCAUAUAAAGAAUAUAAAGAUAAGUUUGGGAAGUCGAACAAGCGAAAAGGAUUUAAUGAAGGCCUGUGGGAAAUAGAAAACAACCCUGGAGUAAAGUUUACUGGAUAUCAGGCAAUUCAGCAGCAGAGCUCAUCAGAAACUGAAGGAGAAGGAGGAAAUACAGCAGAUGCCAGCAGUGAGGAGGAAGGUGAUCGGGUAGAAGAGGAUGGAAAAGGAAAAAGAAAGAAUGAAAAAGCAGGCUCAAAACGGAAAAAAUCCUACACUUCAAAGAAAUCCUCCAAGCAGUCACGGAAAUCUCCUGGAGAUGAAGAUGAUAAGGACUGCAAAGAGGAGGAAAAUAAGAGCAGCUCUGAUGCUGGGGACGCAGGCAAUGACACAAGAAACACUUCUUCAGAUUUGCAGAAAACCAGUGAAGGGCUUGUGAGAAGAGCAUUGGACCAACAGCACGCAGUCUGAAGAAGAUGGGCUUCAUCCUCCCCGCUGUGCAGCGCAGGAGCUGCGUACCCGCCGCUUCGCCUUCCUGCGGGGCCAGCCAAGCUCAGGACGUUUAGCUGGCCAUGAGAUGGCGCCAGGAGCACACCAAAAUGAACCGGGGUGCAAACCUGCGCCCUCCCCAAAAAGGUAGGGUGCUGGGGUCUGCGUGAGACUCACACCAGGACAGAGUUUGUUUCAGAAUGACUUGUAGAAAGGUACCGUGAAGGCAGGGAGACAAGAAAAACAAAGUUCAGAGCCCUGAUCUCGAGGAUAGGCAUGUUUCAUUCCCCUGGUUUUCCCACUGUGACCAGCUGCUUAAAAGAUGCCUGGUAGUGGAGGCUGGGAAGGGCUGUGGAAGGCAGGUGGGCAGAAGGCUGCGGGCUCAGCUACCCGGCUUGUAGUGCUCCUCACGGGCUGCGUCCUGGAGAGCCUUUGGCUCCUGUGCUCUGCACCUCCCAGGUCUCUGACCAUGCAAGAGUUGCCUAAAGGACACAAGCAGCUUUUCUCUUAAUAAUACUACUAAUAAUGAGGUAGUGAUUGUGUUUUAUAAUGCCUGGACUGCAGGCUGAAGACUCAUCUCCGCUCUUCAGAUCAGAGGGAACCUUGCCUUUUAAUCACACAUUUACCCUCAGCAUUAUGGGGAUCUUCUCGAAGGGUUAACAGCUGAAAUCAAAUGAUUGCAGGAGCAUCUUCACCUAUAUUUUUUAAUGAAAUUUCUAACCUCCAGGUGGUAGAGGAAAGCUUAAAAAUGAGAAGUGAUGGCUUCCUAAAGACUCAAACCCAGAGCAAAUAAAAGUACUUCCAAAGCUAUGAUAUUUUUUCAGCCAAUUUCAUACUGUUCAAGGGCUCAACUUGUGAUUUUUUUUUUUAUCCCUGGGGUUGACAAAGCUGCUUCUUUUCUUAUCUCCAUCCCUUAGUUUCUCAACUAUUCUUGAGGACUACAGGCACUCUCAACAGAAGAGACAUUAACUUCCUCAGACCAAGCCACAGUUUAUAAUUGCAUCCUGCCACUCCCUGUUUCUCAAGCUCUUUCCCUCACUUCUGUUCUUUGGCCGAUUCCUUCCCCAGAAAGAUGCAAAGCCUGAACUUCAGAGUUUUAUUAUCUAAUAUUAAUUAACUAAUAACAUAUUAGCUAAGACAGCCCAUCCCAGAGUUUGCUCAAGUCAAGAGUCACAGAACCCCCCCAUGACAGUCCUUUGCUGUUAAAUACUAAAUUGUUUUGGCUUUCUCAAAAUAUCACAUAAACAGAAUAUUCUAGCAGAAAGGUAUUCAUGGCUCUGUGUUGUUUACUUUCUAUGGUACAAAAUUAGCUCCUAAAUCAGUGAAUUCAUGGCAGCAGAUUUACAUUCCACAUUUAUAUCUCCAGUGACUUGUGUGUUUGGUUCUUGGCUGGUUUAACUCUGAAUCUUUAUAACUGAACACCUAAGUCGCUUUUUACUUUUACUCUCUGGAUACCCAUAUAAUGACAUUUGAAAGCUGGCUGUAGUCCCUGCCCUGUAGAGAGUAUUUGAAUGUUAAGGUCAGCACUCAGGGUAUGUGGCAAGUUUUUCUUUUGGUAUUCAUUAUUUUAGUUACAGUCCAGACAUUGUGUUGGUAAAUGAGGCAUUCUCUUUGUGUACAGAUGCAUGUGGUUGCCUUUCAGGAGGUGAAUGAUUUUACUGAGCCUUUGAAAAAUAAUACAUUUGUUGGAAGUGAAAUACAUUUUUUAGUUCCUGGUACAGCCCGAAUAUUAAAGUGGGGUAAAGGACUGUGAUCUUUUUACUCACGCUGACAAUCAGUUACUAACAUGGGAGUCAGUGGAUCUAUUUGUGGAGGUGACUGCUUGCCAGCAUGAAUAAGGGGAUCAAAAUCUGGUCCAAAAUUACUGCCAUCUGAUACUAUUGCAAUUGGGAGAACAUAUUUAAAACAGCCUGUGUCCAGGACAUAUUUUUUGUUGUGAUGUUCCUGUGGGGUAGCAACAAUUCCAUUUACUGCUGUGAAAGACAAGUGCUAUGGCCAAACCGGCCAGAGUACACAGGUUCACUGUGUCCUUCUGAUGUGGUUUUGAGAUGUUUGGUUCCUUUGCUCUUCCUUCUUUACUUCUCAAUAACAUUGGUUAGGCUGUACAACAGGUUUGGGGUUGUAUCAACAUUCAAAGCAUAGUAUUUAGGGCUCUAUUCAAUGUAAAAGCAUUUAUGUGGGCAUUUUUCCAGAAAAUGAAAACAGGGUAUGUAUUUCUCUCUGAUUUGUUUUCUGCCAUUUGAGGUAAGUUAAAAUCUACUCCUCCAAAAAAGAUAACAUUUGUAAAAAUGUGUUUAACUAUUGCACAGUAAAAAUUUCUAUGUAAAAAUCAAAUAGUGGCACACUCUCUGGUGUAAAGAGUUGUGUUGUCUGCUGCCUUCCUAGAGUCAGGAUAACAGCACCGCUAAGUAAGGCAAUGGGACAUAACUCAGGAGAAACAUAAAUGUCUGAAUGCAAGUUGAGAUUAAAGCAGCCAGUAUAGAUGAAAUACACUCUUUGCCUCUCUGCGUACAUUGAAUCCUGAAACCAUUUUGACCUCAAACCAACAUGGAAUAACAAUGAUCGUACAGAGCAAGUAAAUAAUUAUCCUUCUGCCCAUCCAGCAAGAGCUUUUAAAGUACAGGAUGGCUGAGUCAGUUGCCAGACACUGUUGAGGGAGGAAUUUUCAGUGCCAGAAAAAACAAGGCAAUUUGUGGAUUUAGUUUUUUUCCCUGCUCUGUGUUCUCUGUCCUUCAAUUUUAGUGAUGGCUGAAAUUGUGCACUUGAAUCAGUCAGAUUCCCUGCUGUUUCUUUUGUGUGCAGUAGCAUUGGACAGUGCGGCACACGUUGUGCCAUAUCUUACAGUAAAGCUGAGAGACUUGUUCAAACAAAGAUGAUGCGAGUUUAUCUGUUUCUGAAGAGAUGUGAAACCAUGGAGACCGUGGAAACUGCUCAGCUCUGCCGCAUCUGCCGCGGGAGCCUGGCAGCGGGAGCCUGGCAGCACGUGCUGCCAGGGUAGGGGAAGGAGCCGAGGUCCCUGUGCAGCCCCGCUGACCCCGGGGGCUGCCUGUGUCUGGGGAGAAGAGAACUGCUCGCUGCUGGGGCACCUAGGAGUGUGCCUAGGAGACAAAAUGUGUGUCGCACUGGAAGAUGGUACUGGAAACUGAAAAUCCUAGAGGAUGAUUUGCAUACCUGGCUCUUUGUUGUCCCUCCUGUUCCACACUGUGGCCCAGUGGACCUAUCUGUGAGACAGUGGGGAGUGGAAGUAUUAAUAUUCCCAGCACCCCACGUAGGAAUGGUGCCUACCCAAUCUUCUGGCCUUAGCCCAGAGGAGAAUUGUUGUUAAUAAGUGCAAAGGUUUCAUACUCCAAAGGGACAGCUUUCCUUACUGGGUCUGAGAGUCAUACCAUAGGGACCGACUGUUUCACCACCCAUCCUGCCUAUCAGUGCUGGGUAGCAGCUGUCAUUAAGAACUUUAGCAGAAGGCAUGGUUUGAUUGACUAAUCAUUUGUAGUUGUUUUAAUGGGUGUCUGCACUUCCCUCUGAAGGGAAAGAAACGGCAGUGAAUCCCUCCAAGCCACGUCUCCAAAGCAUCUGUAAGUACAAUCUCAUUGACUCUUAAACAGGAGAGAGGUCAAUGGAAGUGUGGUGCUCUGGAUGAGCAGUGCAUUGUUACAGCUUUUGGGGGGAGGCAGGGCUCAGGCAGUUCCUGCAAGCCAUCAUUACAUGCAUGAGGUUUUUAUAAUAACCCCUUAUCAUGUGUCAUUAGUCAGGACGUACCAGGACCUCCCACACGGAAAGUGCAGGUUUCCAUUACUUACUGUUGGCAAAGCCCUUGUCGUAGGAGAGAAGAACCGCACUGAACAAACACGGCCCUUAGUUCAGAGGUGCAGCAACCAGACUGGGAUCCCAGACUGCUGUGUGGGCACUCGUACGCUCUUUCCCUCUUGGAUAGAGAAGCAUAGUCCACUAUAGCCGUGGCAUCACACACAGCAGGUAGGAUGGGCCAGAGGGGGGAGAGAGCGUAGGCAGCAAACUGCUAGUGCAGGGAUGUUAAAAUGUCUUCUUUUCAUGUUUUCCUCCGGAUCCUGUGUAAAAUGAAAAUUCCAUCAUCCCCAGUGGAUUUAACCUGUACCCCCUCACUUAUUCCCUGAUGUUGACUUUUUUUCUUGGAUGAACGAUCACACCAAAUACAGUACUAAUUCCUUCAUACUGCUUGUGUGUUGUGUUUCUUUCCGUCUGUCAGGGUGUGGGUGGACAAGCAUUCACGCUCUGAAUUCUUUACAAAGGAGAAGGGAUGCCUGGCUCAGGGUUAGGUAGUCAUGUAGCAUUGCACGUCGUCAUGUCGCUGGACAAAAGUAUUGUGUCCCUGUGCCUGUAGGUGAGUUUUGCUAUCUCUGUUUAAUAUGAAGAAACGGAGACUUGGAGACACUUGCCAUGAUCACAUGAGGACACUCUGAUCCUGUUCCCACUAAUGUCGGUGGAAGCAAGAGCUGACCUUGACUCAGUCAUGAAGUGGGAGUUUCUUCCUUUUCUGUCAUCACCUUACAGUGAACUCCAAGCCAAACUGUUUCCUUUUCAGAAGCAACAUUCAGAUACGUUAGCUAUGAAAACUGUUUAUCUUUCUUCAUGCCUGCUGAGUGUUCAUUGUCUGAAUGAAAGGGUGUUCUCAUCGCAAGGCGUUCAGGAAUACAGCAGUGCCUGAGCUUUUGCAUGAAGCGUAUUGGUGAUUUAGUGUAGAGGAAAAAUGCAAAAUUUGGUUGUCUAUGAAGUAUACUACAAAAUUCAUAACUAAGUGAUUGGGGAAAACAAAAAACAACCCACAUACAUGACUGGAGCUGCUUAUUUGAAUAAACCCCUGAAUGUUUACUUUUAAACUGUGUUCUUUAAUAUUUUGUAGUGGCAUGUUUAGCUGAUUUAACGUAAGCAGUUUUCUCUAGAAAAAAAAUCCUGUUCAAACAGACCAGGUGGUUACUUGUACCUGUGACUUUGAAGUGUGGGAAUAAGGCAUUAAUUAUAUCAGGUUUGUUAUAGCAUGCUUUUUCUUACAUUAAAUGUGAUAUUUUUUUCUCUCUCUCUUUCAGACUUAACCAACAUAAUGACUGCUGAAUAUUAAGG